CGUCCAAUUCCAUCUCUAUUCCUAGCUAUUCCUAGCUUAUAACCCUUCUGGCGGGGCGUUUCGCACUCUCAAAGUAAAGCUCUAAACCCACAACCGCUAAUGUUCUUCGCCCUUUGCGUGUCUGACGGCCCGCAGAAACCCUAACCCUAACUUUCUCAUUGUGUUCUUGCCUGCCUUGCCAACGUCUCGAUAAUCGAAAUUCCGAACAGAAGUCUAUGUAGACCUGCCCUUCCCUUAUACUACUACCACCAUCAUGUCUGCCAUUCAGAGCAAACACUUCUUGAAUAAACCAGAAGACCUGGUUUCUGACUCGCUUGAAGGUCUGUGUGCACUCAAUCCAGUGCUUACCCUCGACCGUCAGAAUAAAAUUGUUCAUAUUGCUAAGCAUGAUCGCUCAAAGGUCGCUUUGAUCUGCGGUGGGGGUUCAGGCCAUGAACCUGCUCAUGCCGGCUUUGUGGGCAAGGGAAUUCUCACAGCCGCCGUUUGUGGAAAUGUUUUCGCUUCUCCCAGUGCUAGCCAAGUCCGUCGUGGGAUUGAUCUCGUGCAGAAUGAAAAAGGAACAGUGAUAAUCGUCAAGAAUUACACAGGAGAUAUACUCAAUUUUGGUCUUGCUAAGGAACAGUACGCUGCUCUCCAUCCCGAACAGGCUGACCGUGUCAAGUUCGUCAUCGUCGGUGAUGAUGUUGCUGUUGGAAGGACACAAGGUUACAUCGUUGGCAGACGAGGUCUUGCGGGCACUGUUCUUGUAUACAAAAUUGCAGGAGCCCUUGCUCAACGCGGUGCUAGCCUUGAUGAGGUCCACGAUAUCGCUCAAUGGGCUUCUUCGCGUGUAGCUACUAUCGGUGUCGGACUCGAACAUUGCCAUGUUCCCGGAACUGCUCCCUCGGUGACCCAUUUAUCUGUUUCUGAAAUUGAGAUUGGUAUGGGAAUUCACAACGAAAGCGGCAACAAACGAGUCUCUCCUGUCCCCCUCCUCUCAGAGCUCAUUCCCCAACUUCUCGAGCUACUUACAUCCACUGAGGAUCCUGAACGUUCAUUUGUUGAUUUCAAGGGAAAAGGAAAGGAUAAAGUUGUAUUACUAAUGAACAACCUUGGUGGUGUAAGCGAACUGGAAUUGGCGGGAGUCUUAUCCGAGACUAAGAAGCAGUUGGGAGCGAGAGGUAUAUCGAUUGAAAGGAUUUUGUCUGGUAGCUUCAUGACGAGCUUGAACAUGCCAGGGUUCUCAAUAACCCUUUUAUUACUCCCUUCAGAGUCCUCCGAACCGUCAUUUGAUCUUGUACUGUCGCUCCUUGAUGAUACAACUGAGGCUCCUGGCUGGAAAUGGUCGUCCGGUAGGCCUAUCAAGCCCCUUCAAUUGACAGCGGUGGCGGUAGCAGCAUCGAAGUCUGUAAAGGGCGCAUCGAUCACUGCAAGUAAUCCAGAAUUAUUCAUCCAGAGUAUCAAGAAGGCCUGCGAGGCACUGAUCAAAGAAGAGCCCGAGAUCACAAGGAUGGACAGUGUUGCUGGGGACGGUGAUUGUGGGUUGACUCUUAAAGUGAGCUCUAUCGCACCAUAUUGUCUGUGCUCUCCGCAGUAAUUGGGCAUGUAUCGCCGCAAAUUACUUGCGAUCGAGUCAUACUAGAGUUGAAGUGAUAGAUGUACUAACUGAUAUUAAUUUCUAGGCUGGCGCCCAAGGUGAGUAAGUUUCACCGGUAAAAAACUUACCGUCUUCCUGUCGUCCCGAUGCAAUGCCCAAAGGGCUUUUGAAAUUUGAGCGCUCGGUCCAAACUUCUCACCGGCAUCUUGGUGUCUGUUUUGAUCCAGCCUAUUCAUCUCAGGUGUCCUGAACAAAAUUGGCGACGGGAGCAUCUCCGGAAAGGACGUUAUCGGAAGUGUUAUCGCUGUUUCUCAAGUGGCCGAGGAAGCGAUGGGAGGGACCAGUGGUGCACUCUACUCAAUAUUCUUCUCCGCUCUCGCCCAGGGACUCUCAUCAUCCGCGUCUUCAAAUUCAGCCACCACAACGCAUCAGGUAUGGUCUGAAGCGUUGAAAUCCGCACUAGCGAAACUAUAUACCUACACUCGAGCUCGACCUCCGUCCAGAACGCUUGUCGACCCCCUCGCCGCUUUCGCGGAAGCUUUCUCUCCUGACUCUUCGGCUCAAGCUGUACGGGCGGCAGCCACAGCAGCUCAGAAAACACAAGAUCUUGAGGCUAAAGCGGGCAGGAGUGCCUAUGUCGAGGGGGAUAGGUUGAAGGAACAAAAAGUUCCCGAUCCCGGUGCUUGGGGUGUCAAAACAAUUCUGGAGAAUUUGAACAUAGCGUGAAUCGGCCCGCACACCGCGAAAUGAUUAUUUGCGAUUGUGCUUUAUGUUUAUGAUACUACUGAGAGAAAGUUUGCAAAAAAAUGUGUACGAGUAAUUGUAAAAUGAAUGUUUGGACCCGGC